UGGGCUCCGGCAGCCCGGCGGUACCUCCCAGCGUGCGCGUACUCUCUCGGCGCGGUGGAGCCUGUGUUCAGGCAGUGCGCCUUUGCCCCCUGACUUGGUUCGCUCAGAAGCUACCGCACACCUAAAGGCAGCGUGCAGUGGUCUGAAGGUGGAGUGUCGCUCGCUUCUCUUGCUCUUAUUUGCGGCACCAGGAAGUAGGGAACAGGACCUUACCGCACGCACGGAUUUAAUUUCGUUUGCGCUUUACUGCGCGGGCAAGGUGUUCGGGCAAAUUUGUGACAGGCGAAGAAGGAGCCGGCUGCCAAAGGAAACUGCAGAAAUAAUACAUUUUCACCGACUCUGUGCGUGAUAGCGUCACAGUUUAAAAGGCGUGAAAUCCGCUGUCCCGGUCCACCUUCGUCGUUUCAUCUCCUUCUGCACAGGGGGUUUUAUAAGGAGACGCUGGGGAAAGCGAAUGGUACAAUUAUCGGACUUCCGUGGAAUUCAGGUUCACAUGUAAGACGUCGGUCUCUCCCGGUGCGUCUGGACUCUCACACAAGGAGCGACAGUGGAUGCUAUCUGCCCGAAAGGACUGGUGGAAGUAACCGAGGUACCCCUUUUUGAAUGCCUUUGCAAGGAGUUGGCUGGUUUUUGUGCUGUCGGCAGGGGUUCAAGUUAUUGGGACGGGAGUAUGGCGAGAAAGAGGAUGAGGAAUCCUUUGAGUUGCGCACAAAGGAUGAACCGACGUGCAACGGGCGGAGCCCACUGGAGGUGACACUGACCCAGCCCACCCACACAGCCAACGGACCCAGCAGCUUGUCGGAGGUACCGGAGGAAAUGAGGAGUCUGAUCAUCGAGAGGGGCAAGGCAGGCUUGGAGGAAGACCCAGAGCUAGUGGUCAAAGGGUGGCUGUACCGAGAGGUGAGAGGUGGCUGGAUUUGGCAGAAGCGCCACUGGUUCGUGCUGACGCCGGACUCCCUGGAUUACUACACCAGCAACGACCAGACGGCCAAGAGACUGGGGGCGCUGGUCCUGACCAGCCUCUGCUCCGUCAUCUGGCCCGACAAGCAGACCUACAAGGAAACCGGGUACUGGAGCAUCACCGUGUACGGCCGCAAGCACUGCUACCGCCUCUUCACCAAGCACUUCAACGAGGCGGUGCACUGGGCCUGUGCCAUCCAGAAGGUCAUUGAGAGUAAAGCCCCAGUAGAGACGCCCACACAGCUGCUGAUUCGGGACAUUGAGGAGAACAAGUUCAACCCUGAGGUGGUGGAGCACAUCUACAAUCACAAUCCCAUCCUGAAGUACACUCAGAGUCCCCUCUAUGCCCCACUGCUGCCCUUCCCUUACGGUAGCCUGGACCACACCUCAGGCCACACUGGGAAGGGGUACACCACCCUGCGGGACGAGGCUGUGAAGGUCUUCAACUCCCUGCAGCAGCUGGAGUCGGCGCGGGACCCCGUGCCCCUCAUCCAGGGGGUGCUGCAGACCUGCCUGGACCUGCACCCCCUGCGCGACGAGGUCUACUGCCAGCUGGUGAAGCAGACCAGCGGCGUGCCCGCCCCCAGCACCGCCGCCCACCUGCGCUACUGGCAGCUCCUCACCUGCAUGAGCUGCACCUUCCUGCCCGGCCUGCCUGUGCGCAAGUACCUGCGCUUCCACCUGAAGCGGGUGCAGAGCCAGUGUCCCGACACCGAGAUGGAUAACUAUGCGGCUUUUAUAUCGGAGGCUCUGGAGAAGACCAAAGGCCGGGAGUGUGUGCCGUCCCUGGAAGAGAUCCAGGUGCUACUGAACCGGCAGGAGAUGCUGUGCACAGUGUACUACCCUGGCCACAGCUCCUGCCAGCUGCCCAUCACCUCGCACACCACGGCCGACGAGGUGGUGAAGAAGAUCUCCGAGCAGCUGGGCCUGCAGCACAGCCAGAACACCUUUGCGCUGUUCGAGCAGAACGCGCACUGGGAGCGGGCAGUAGGGGGCAGCACCAUCAUUGCCGACAUCCUAACCAGGUUUGAAAAUCUUUUCGCUAAGGAUCCCAGCUCAGAAGGUCAGUGGCGACUCUGUUUCAAGCUCUACUGUUUCCUGGACACAGACGGAAUCUCCACAGACAGCAUUGAGCACCUCUUCCUCUUCGAACAGUGCCAUGACAUGGUGAUCCGGGGUCAGCUGCCGGCGUCGGAAGAGGACCUGCAGUCCCUGGCGGCCCUGCGGCUCCAGGCCUUGAACGGAGACUUCGGCACCCACACCCCCCUCCCGUCGCUGGACGAGCUCUUCCCCGGCCGCGUGGUGGAGGCCCGGGCGCUGGCCUCUCUCAGGAACCCCCAGCCCCCUUCCGCCCCGCCUCCCCCGGCUCCCCCGGCCGGCUGCGGCCAGCGCUUCCCCGCCGGCCUCCUCUCGGGGGCGCUGUGGAGCCACACGGCGGCCGCCGCGCACAAGCAGAGGGCGGAAGAAGGCCUGCGGCUGCGGGGGCGGCUGAAGGAGGAGGCGGCGGCGGUGAUGGGCGCCAUCGUGGAGCGCUGGAAGGGCCUGCAGGGCUGCAGCCCGCAAAAGUGCAUGACUGCUUACCUCAACAUCGCCAAGCAGUGGCCAGGCUUCGGCUGCACGCUGUAUGAGGUGGACUUCUACAUUAGCUCUACAGGCAGUUUCUCCCAGAAGCUGUGGCUGGGAGUGGCUGCUAAGUCAGUGGCGCUGUACAGGCAGGGAGAGUCUGAGCCUUUGGAGUCCUUCCCUUAUGGACAGAUCUGUUCUUACGGAGUGACGGACAACAACACUUUCAAAAUCACGGCGGGAGACCGGGACCUGCUCUUCGAAACCAGCAAGCUGAAUGAAAUCGCCCAGCUAAUGAACGCCUACAUCAGCGCAGCGCGCCAACACCAAAGCCAGAAGAGCAGAACAGAGAGAGAGAGCUUCUGUUUGUCACUGCCUGUCCUGGAACUGCCUUCACAACUCAUUUGAGCACCCACGCCAAGGCCUACAGAAAGGAAGGAAACAGAAGGUGGGCUCUUUUCCACUGAUGCCUACCGAUGAACUUCACAUGGUUUGCUAAACUUUGCAAAACCUGGAGGUGUUUCUCCAGAGAUCCAACAAAAGGUAACAUUCUCUUUCAUAACAGCAGCGCUUGUGAUGUGGUCUUCAGAGUUUAUUGAUCCUUGUCACAAAAACUCACACAAGUGUCAGCGGAGCUCCACAGUGCUGUCCCAGAUUCUGUGAGAAAAGAAGUUGAUCAAAUUCUCAAGGUCUUUAACCCAGAGCUCCAGUUUGCACUCUGUUUCCUGGAGAUGUUGAUGUAACUGGCCCUGUGAACUUGGGAGGACUAAUUCAAGAAUUCAAACCAGAUGUUGGAGCCGGUAGCUGCUGGUGUCACUGACAGAUCUGACUUUUCCUUUCCUGGAACAAACCUGGGGCACUUUUACAGGGGCACAGAACUGUUGGAGAAACGUGUCUGAAGGUUACAGCGAGAUAUUGGCUCGUAAUAUUAUAUGAGAGCUAUUGCCAUUGCUUUACAUCUGAAACAGUAUCCUGACAGCUAAUAGAUCUCCUAUUUUUAUUCAGCAUAGAAUUCACUUAACCACAAAGCUUGUUCAAAUCUUAAUCAAAAUUGAAUGAAAGUACUCCUAUGUCUCUUGGAAACACUGAAUGAUACCCUAUAACUGUUCUUCAGCGUUGACACCAGUUGACCUUAGCUUGUGUGCUAUUCCUCAAGUGCAAAUUUCAGUGCAGAUGAAACACUGAACACCUGACACACUUUCAGAUGACUUGUUCUGCCUCAAGUUCCCAGGUCAGCAAUGAGUGUUCACCAGUAAUUUACAUAAGAUUUUGGCAAAGGCUCAAGACCCAACUGUGGUUUCUGGUCAGACUAUAUCCUGGUGCUAUCACUGGUCUGUGAAUUUCAUCAUGACUGUUUUUUGGAUUUUCACUGCAUAUACACACUUACUCAAUCCAAAAUGACCAAUUGUUAAACUGUCGGUUUCAGUACACAUUCGUUGUAACACUGUGAAAUUCCGCUCUGGUAUAUAUAGCGUUGUAAAUGUUACACUAACACCAGUAGCCCAGUUAAACAAAACUGAAGCAAGCCACCACAUAAUAACCUCCUUCUUACACCCGCUGAACUUACCAUUUCAUUUACAAAUAAGGUACAGUAACGAGACUUGGUAAACUGAAAAGGUUGGUUUUUUUUAUUUUUAAACCUAGUUUAUAUUUGUUUUUCAUAUAAAUCAACUUUUUCUUAAAAAAAAAAUACUUAAGAGGGAAUACUUUUACAAUACGUUUUAAGAUAAAACUAAAAAAUGUUUUGUCCAUACUGGCAUUUAAAAAUCAAAAAAAUCAAUGCUCCCCCUAUAGGCCACGUGUUGUUACUGUGUUAUCUAAACUUACCACUCAUAGGCAUUGCAUAAAUCACCCCAAAGCUGUAAGCCAUAUCUGAAUAAGUAGGACCAAAUAAAUCUUCCCCUCAACAUGUAGAAGCUGCUGAAGUUCUCUCCAGACGACUGGGGCUUUCCAAUACUUCCCUUAGAAAUAAAGCUCCAUUGCAAAACUGUGGAGCAGCCACCUUGCUAAUUGUAUGAUAAUCCAUUUAAUUAACCGUGUUUAGUUCUUCACCUGGAUGGUUAGGAUUGGGCCUAGUUUUGGCCCAGAAACUCUGGCAAUGCCGCCUUGCCUGGCUCCUCCUCAGUGGGAGGGACACUGUGGUUUCCUUCCACUCGAAACCAGAGAAAUUGCCGUGACGGCACUGGACUUGGUAAACCAGUCCGGCGCAGCCCCCUCUUUCCUGUGCAGCUCCCAGCCACCCUUCCAUUCUUUUGUAUGAUAACAUGCGCCCUGAAGCCCAAGCCUCAGUAUUGUCACGGUGAAGAUCUUUCUCUGGAGGAAGACGUGAACCUGCUGUUACACAGCUCAGCUAUUGUACAGCCUUCCGCUUGUUUCUAUAAAAGCUGCGGGCAGCUUUUUUAUCUGUAUAAAAAAAAAGCUUUUUAUUUAACUUGUUUGUAUGCUGCAUGGUAUUUUCAUUCUAUAUAUAUAUAUGUAUAGGCAGUUGCACUAUGUUUGUACAGGUAACUCAGAUGUGCAAUAAUUGAAAUGUAAUUAAUAAAGACAACAGCAUCAUUACACCAAUAAUAAGUUUUGGAAGUGUCUUAUUCAUAAUUGAGGUUAGCAGAGAAUACCUGAAUGUACUAUGUUUUUUUUUCAAUCUGAUCACACAUGGCUUCCUUAAUACAAUUUGGCCAUUCAUAUUUGUUCUGUAAAGUAUUUGCAGUCUCAUGUAGACAAUAUAACGAUUGUUUUGUUUGGUUUCUGUUAACAGCAGACUUUUUUUUUAAUGUCUUUCCCACUCUCCCUUCCAGCUACUGACCAGGCUCACAGCUGCUGAGCUUCAGUGGGAUGCCAGUUGUAUAGACACCUCUAAUUAAAAAGCUUACAGCUGCAGAUAUUGAUAUGCAUAGGUGAAAUGUCUCAAAACAGAUUUUUCCAUAUUGCUUACUUUUACCUUUUUUAAAACUGCAUCAUACAGUUGAGGCAAUGAAAGCCCCAUCCUCAUGACAUCAGAUCUGGAGUCAUUAAAAGGGCACAGGACUAAAUUAAAUUAUUAAAAUAUAUACAGUACACUUACUAUUAAAAUCUAAUGAGAGGAAUUAUCCUGGAGCUAUUCUUCAUGGAUUAUGCUCUUGCAUGCCAGGGCAUACCACAACAUUUAAAGAACUUCCAAACCACCCACGAGUCUCGCAUAUUAAUUAGGGAGAUUGCAAAAGUCUUUGUUAAGAAUCUUAUACUAGACAUAAUGAAUCCACAAAACAAGCUGGCUGACCAUCACAUAUAUAUAUACAUACACACAAUUGCAAUUCGAUUAAACAAGGUGUCAAAAUCAAACCCUAACCCAGACUUUACUCCAUUCAUUAUUCCCAUUAGAGUGGGAACCCACAGCUUCAGGGCACAGUUAGACAUAAGAAACGUUGGGAAAAAAAAAAUAUAUAUUUCAGAAGUGUUAUAUGCAAUUUAAUUUGCAUUGUGAAACUGGGAAAGCCCUUUCAUAAGUUAAAAUCUAUUUAACUACGAUCAAAGUGCAGAAUGUGUAAUCGGAUUGCUAAACAC